UUUCACGGCAACUAAAAGAAAAACGCCGUGACGAGAGCUCCGGCGAAAGUUCUUAAAUCUCCAACCAUUCGGUCUGAAUAGUAACCGGAACGAUUCAGAUAAAUCCGAAGAAUGAGGAGGAUGUUUCGGCCAAUGAUUAUGAGCAAUCUGAUUCGAUCUUGCUCGAGAGCUACGCAUCCAAUUGAUCGCACCAUUCCAUCUUCUCCCUCGUCGAAGAUUGUUCGUCUGUUCUCAACCGAAAUGGAACCACAGUUGUCACCAGAUCUUAUUAAGAUAAUGGAUCAGAGACUAUCGGCGAUAGAACACCGUAACGCUAUUCUGCAGAGGCUUAUUAACCAGCCUGAGUACUCACAAGAAGAGUUUUCAAGAGCUAACAAGGAACUUCGGAAGCUGAGAGACUCUAUGGAGCUUAUCACUGCUUUGAGGGCCAUACAAAAGGAGAUUGAUGGGCUGAAGACUCUUGUCUCAGAGAGCUCGGAUGACAAAGACAUGCUUGAUAUGGCUGUUAGCGAAUUAGACGAGGCGGUGGAGGAAGAGAAAAGGCUUCAAACUUUGCUGCUUAAGUCUCUGCUUCCUAAAGAUGAAGCUGAUGAGAGGGAUUGCAUUUUGGAGGUGAGAGCAGGUACUGGUGGAGAAGAGGCUUCUUUGUUCGCCAUGGACAUUUUCAGAAUGUACGAAAGAUAUUCACAGAAGAAAGGAUGGAAGUUUGAUAUUGUAGACAUCACCGAGUCUGAUAUGAAAGGGUAUAAAGAAGCAAGUGCUGCUAUUUGUGGAGCCAGUGUAUACGGAAAGCUUAAGUUCGAGAGUGGAAUUCACAGGGUUCAGCGUAUUCCUAUCACAGAGAAAUCUGGUCGUAUUCACACCAGCGCUGUAUCUGUUGCCAUCCUUCCCCAGGCUGAUGAGGUAGAUGUUCAGCUAAGGAAUGAAGAUUUGAGGAUUGAUACUUACAGGUCUGGUGGCUGCGGGGGUCAACAUGCCAACACAACAAACAGUGCAGUUCGAAUAAUCCAUCAUCCAACUGGAAUUAUGGUCUCCAUCCAAGACGAAAGAUCACAGCAUAUGAACAAAGCCAAAGCACUUAAAGUACUCUGCGCAAAGCUCUAUGAGAUUGAAAGGUUGAGAUUACAGAGCAGCCGUUCAAAGCUACGGUCAGAACAGAUUGGCAGUGGAGACCGAUCCGGACGCAUCCGUACAUACAAUUUUCCACAAGGGAGAGUCACGGAUCAUCGUGUGGGAAUCACUCACCACGCUAUUGAAGAUAUGAUGGAAGGAGAGAAUCUGGACACCUUCAUCGACGCACUUCUCUUACGCCAAGAGAUGGACGCCAUUGCUUCUUUCAGCUCCACUUCAUGAAUACAGAGUUAGACCUAAAUCAAGAACACUUAGCUUGUCAAAAGGGUGUUAGCCAUAGUAAAAUAAAAUAUAAAUUCAUUCAAAGCUAGAAAAAAAAGAGAGGGAGAGAAAGAGGGAG